AUGCAGCAGCAAAGAGACGACUCGAAAGCAAAGGGGAAAGACAAGCAGCAACAGCAACGCUGGCAGCAGCAGCAACAGCAGCAGCACCAGCAACAGCAGCAGAAAGCAGCUCAGCCGCAGCAGGGAAAGAGCACGGUGAAGUACAGCAGCAGCAGCAGCAGCAGCGGCAGCAGUAGCGGCGCCAGCCCCAGCAAACAGCAGCAGCAGCAAGAUAGAAGCAGCAGCAGCAACAGCAGCAGCAGUAGCAGCAGCAGCACCUGCGCCGCGGAUGUGAGCUCUGAUGCGCAGCGGGCGGCGAGGGGGCCGAAGCAGCAGACAGCAGCAGGAGAAGCAACAAGAGCAGCAGCAGCUUCUGUUUCGUUUCCUUUGAGGGUGGCAAACAAAGCAGAGACAGAAUGCUGCGGCAGGUUGUAA